GAAGCUUCCAUCUUUCUCGGCGCAGACGAAGCCGAGAGAUUAAAAUGGACAGGAAGCCGACGCGGCCGCCGCCGUUGCCGUCGAAGACGAGCGGCGCGUGGCCCGUCGCGCUGCUCGUCGUUCUCUGCUUCGCCUCUCUCCCGCUCUUCCUCGCGCUGUCACGCGCGCGGCCGAGCUUGUCCGACGUGUGGCAGAUGGGCGUCACGGUGGCCCCCGUGCGAGAGGAGGAUCCAGCGGCGAACUCGUCGGAACCCUCUCCGGCGAGCUGGGACAGGCUCCUCGGCGGGCUGCUCUCGCCGGACAUCGGCGAGAGCGCGUGCCCGAGCCGGUACCAGUCCUCGCUCCACCGCAAACCGUCGCCGCACUCGCCGUCGCCGUACCUCGUCUCCCGGCUGCGGAAAUACGAGGCGCUCCACCGCAAAUGUGGCCCUGGCACUCUCUUCUACAAGAAGUCGCUGAUGCAGCUCACCUCCGCGUACAGCAUGGGCCUCGUCGAGUGCAACUACCUGGUCUGGACGCCGUGCAGCGGCAGCCACCUCGGCGACCGAAUGCUCUCCAUGGCGUCCGCCUUCCUCUACGCGCUCCUCACCCACCGCGUCUUCGUGGUGCACGUCACCGACGACAUGGCCGGCCUCUUCUGCGAGCCCUUCCCGGCCGCGUCGUGGGAGCUCCCCCAGGGCUUCCACGUCCACAACCUGACACAGCUCCGCCGGGGCAGCGAGCACAGCUACGCCAACCUGCUCCAGGCCAAGAAGAUCAAGACCGACGACCCCGCCGGCGUGCGGUCCGAGUCACUGCCGUCGUACGCGUACGUCCACCUGGAGCACGACUACCAGCAGCCGGACCAGCUCUUCUUCUGCGACGACGACCAGACCGUGCUGUCGAAGGUGAACUGGCUGAUACUGCGCUCCGAUCUCUACUUCACGCCAGGGCUGUUCCUGGUGCCGCAGUUCGAGAACGAGCUCCGGUGGAUGUUCCCGGCGAGGGACACGGUGUUCCACCACAUCGGGAGGUACCUUUUCCACCCUUCCAACAAGGUGUGGGAGCUCAUCACGAGGUACCACACGUCGUACAUGGCCAAGUUUGAAGAAAAGAUUGGCAUUCAGACCACGACCUUCUCCGGGAGCAAGGUGUCUUCAGAGGAGCACUUCAAGCAGAUCGUCGCUUGCACGAGUCAGGAGAAGAUUCUGCCGGAGAUCGACCCAAGUGCGACGUCGAGCGUUAAUGGGACGGCGUCGAAGGCUGUGCUCGUCAGCUCGGCGCAGCCGGAGCACGCCGAGAAGCUGAAGGCGAUGUACUACGAGCACACGACGGUGACCGGCGAGUCCGUCAGCGUGCUGCAGCCGGCCGGCGCCGCCCGUAGGCAGGCGUCCAACCAGAACACGCUGGCGGAGAUGUUCCUGCAGAGCUACUGCGACGUGUCGGUGGUUAGCGGGCGGUCGACGGCGGGGUACGUCGGCCACGGCCUCGCCGGGGUUAAGUCCUUCCUGUUGCUAGCGGCGAGGAAUCAGACCACGGCGGCCAACCCGCCCUGCAUCCAGACGACUUCGAUGGAACCGUGCUUCCAUGCGCCGCCGAAGUAUGACUGCAGGGCCAAGAAGGAUGGAGACCUUGGUGCAGUUCUGCGGCAUGUCAGGCACUGCGAGGAUGUGGCCGACGGUCUCAAAUUGUAUGACUAAUUAAUUUUGAGAUACCUUUUCAGUUAUUUGGAUGGGAAAAAACACAGGUUCCAGUGAUAAGUUGAAAGAAGAAAAACCGUAGAAUAAUUACAUGGAAAGCAAAUGUAAUAUGGCCUUCCUAGUUGAAAGACAGGGAGUGGAUUUUUAACUCUGA